CGCCACCAUCCUCCCCAACGUCCAUCGUCGCUGCCAGUCCUUUCCGUCCCCACGAUCCUGAUCCGACACGACGUGCGCCGACUCUCCGGUUUGGCCUCUCCCCUGUCUGCGCCUCGGCCUGCCCAGGGAGAAACGCCCGCGACCAACGACUCCCGCGCCGGCAUGCCGGCCCCGUGAGACACUCUUCUCUCUUCUUUCCACCCCGCCACGUCCGUCGCCUAUAACCCCCCGCCAGCUCUGCCGCCCACACGCGCGCCACCACCGCCCGCUCAAGCACCGGAAUGCCUUCAUCGGCUGCUCUCGUCGAGCAUGCCCCCUCCAUGUCCGAUAUUGCGCGCGACCAGGUGAAGCAGGUGCGCCAUCAGGUCGGCGCCGUCGUCGCGCCCGCCGCGCCCGGCACCGGCAGGAAGGAUCCGGCCGUGUGUCCUACCGACGACGAGGCCCUGACCCCUGGCAAGAAGGAUACGCGAACCUGGAAUUAUGUGUGGCGGUCCGGAGUCGCUGGCGGUAUGGCCGGCUGCGCGGCCAAGACGCUCGUCGCUCCCCUCGACCGGGUCAAGAUACUCUUCCAGGCCAGCAAUCCUCAGUUCGCCAAGUAUACCGGCUCUUCCUUCGGCGUUGCUACCGCCAUGAAGGACAUCUACCUCUCCGAAGGCGGCCGCGGCCUCUACCGCGGGCACUCCGCCACCCUCCUCCGCAUCUUCCCCUACGCCGGCAUCAAGUUCCUCGCCUACGAGCAGAUCCGCGCCGUUCUCAUUCCCAACCAGAGCCUCGAGACGCCCCUGCGCCGUCUGCUGAGCGGCAGUCUCGCCGGUGUCACCUCCGUCUUCUUCACCUACCCCCUUGAGGUCGUCCGUGUGAGGCUCGCAUUUGAGACGAAACGCGAUGGCCGGUCCUCCCUCACCUCCAUCUGCCGGCAAAUAUACAAUGAACAGCCUCCGCAGAAGUCGGCCACGGCGCGGCUGCCCAACGCGCCCUUACCCGCCGCCGCCGCCGAGACAGUCAAGGCCGUCAACCCGCACGUCGGCCUGGUCAACUUCUAUCGUGGCUUUGCGCCGACGCUGUUGGGCAUGCUUCCCUACGCGGGCAUGUCUUUUCUCACACACGACACCGUCAGCGACUUAAUGCGCCACCCGGCCAUCGCCAAGCACACGACGCUGCCUCGCAAUGCCAACCAUCCCGAGGGCAAGCCCGCCGCGCUACGAUCAUGGGCGGAACUCACUACGGGCGGUAUCGCCGGCCUGGUGUCGCAGACGGCGUCCUACCCGUUGGAAGUAAUCCGGCGGCGUAUGCAGGUCGGUGGCGCCGUGGGGGACGGGCGCAAGCUCAAGCUGGGCGAGACGGCGCGGACCAUCUUGCGCGAGCGAGGCAUGCGCGGCUUCUUCGUCGGCUUGACGAUUGGCUACGUCAAGGUCAUCCCCAUGGUGGCCGUCAGCUUUUACACGUAUGAGCGCAUGAAGCUCGUGUUUGGAAUAUGAGACUCGCUCGGGUUGGAAACGUUGCUUGGGCUUUGGUUCUUUUGUGGUUUUGUUCUGGCGUUGGGCGGCAUGACUUGCGGGUGAAGCACACUGCAUGGGAAGAGGAGCCGGUUUUCGACCGCUGGCCACGCAUCGAUCAAUCGCGAUGGGAGAGGAUUCGGUGGCUUUGUGCAUAGAAGGUAGAUUGAUGCCAUCCUACAUAGUUGUACAUGUAGAUUUCUCUCUUCUAUUCUGGCUCGCAUGCACGUGAGCGUAGCGCCGGUCUGCGCGGCAGAGGGGACAUGUGUGGUCUGUGUGCACCUCAAUGGUCGAGUAGCACGCGGCG